AACCGUGGAUAAGCUCUACAAAACAUACAUCCAAUCCUACAAACUCAAAUAAGAGACAGAAUGUCCCCUCCCUUCCAAUUGCUGGAGCUGAAUGUCAUAUCGGCCCAGGACCUGGCCCCAGUGGGCCGGAACAUGAGGGCCUACGCGGUCUCAUGGCUCCACCCGGACAGGAAGCUAUCCACGCGCGUGGACACGCAGGGGCAGACGCAGCCCACGUGGAACGACAAGUUCGUAUUCCGCGUGGACGAGGAGUUCCUCUACUCCGACACCUCCGCCAUCACCAUCCACAUCUACGCCCUCCAUUGGUUCAAAGACAUCCACGUGGGGACCGUCCGCGUCCUCCUCGCCAACCUCCUCCCUCCCCCCGCCGAUCCCAACCACCGCGCCCCCCUCGCCAUGCGCUUCGUCGCCCUCCAGGUCCGCCGCCCCUCCGGCCGCCCCCAGGGGAUCCUCAACAUCGCCUUCAGCCUCCUCGACACCUCCAUGCGCAGCAUGCCGCUCUACAACCACAACGCCUCCGCCCUCGGCUACCGCCACCUCAUGGGAGAGAAGGACGCCUACCACACCCACAACCACCUCUUCCCCUCCCCCAAGCCCGACCUCCGCCGCACCAAGAGCGACACCAGCUCCAUGCUUGCCCCACGACCCCUCGCCGACAAGGACAAACCCAACUCCGCCUCCCAACUCAGCGUCAAAGGCAAGACCAAGAAAUCCAACUCCGUUAUCAGCACCGGCACCGGAAAGGAAAACAGCUCCGUCCUCAGCGACACCGUUUUGCCUUGGAAGGUUAAAAGCGGAAAAGCAAGCCCCAAUCCCGAUGACAUUCUCCACAUCGAUCCACCGCUGUCGCAUUACACCAACAACGACGUCGUUCAAGAGGUUUUUCAUAAUUAUUAUGAGGAUGAUCCCCACACCUACCCAACCGAAGCAAAUCACGUUCAGGAACACUAUCAAGAACAAGAACAACAACACCAACACAUUCCUGUUAACAAUUUUCAUUACCAAGUUCGCGCCUCGCCCCAACCGCAUUACCGAAACUCUCCGGCGCCGCAGUAUAUGGCUUCUCCCAAGCCACACUUUCUAAACUCUCCGGCACCCAAGUUCAGGAAUUCUCCGGCGCCGCAGUUCAUGCCUUCGCCCGCGCCCAAGUAUAAGAGUUCGCCGGCGCCGCAGUAUAUGCCUUCUCCCAAGCCUCAAUUUAAAAACUCGCCGGCGCCGCAGUACAUGGCUUCUCCGGCGCCGCAGUUUAGGAAUUCUCCGAAGCCGCAGUUUCUGAACUCGCCGAAGCCGCAGUUUAAGAAUUCGCCAAUGCCGCAGUACAUGGCUUCUCCGAAGCCGCAGUUCAAGAAUUCUCCGAAGCCGCAGUACAUGGCGUCGCCGGCGGUGGCGCAGUUUCGGAGCUCGCCGGCGGUGUCGAAGUUCCACCCGGCGGUGGGAUACGGCGGGUCGCGGAGGGGGACGCCGUUGCAUCCGCUGGCGAAGGGGAGCGGCGGGUUCGAGUACAUGACGCCGCGGAGGUCGAACCUGGGGAACAUGGGGCCGGUGAUGAUGACGGAGUCGGAGCUGGGGCCGUCGCCGUCGGAGGUGGCGGCGGCGAUCGCGAGGAAUCCGGUGAUCGACGACGGGGAGGACUCGACGGUGGGAGGGUGGAGCCUGGCGGAGAGCGUGGAGGGUUUGCAGUCGAAGAUGGAGAGGUGGCGGACGGAACUGCCGCCGGUGAUCGACCAAGGCGAAUUGUCAAGCUUUCCGACGUCGUCCAAAACGAGCACCAAAGCGAGCGUUAAAUCGAGCCGCCACUCGCGGAGGCACACCGACGGUGGCAGCGGGGGCGGGUUGUUCUCUUGCUUUAGUAAUAUCUGCGGCGUUGAGUGCUCCAUCGUUUGCGGCGGCGACCCCAAGGGAAAGAAGAAGAAGAAGCAGCUCCGCCGCCGCGCUUCCUCCGCCGGCGGCAAUACCAGCCUCGUCUGAGUGUGUCCUAACUCAACCACAGCAACAUACCGAGGCAAAGGACAAUGCUGUAAUUUUAUUCAUUCUUUAUUACUCAUCUCUUCUUUUUGUGCUUCUAAGGCAUCACUUCCCUAUUGUUUGAUGGAUUAAUUGGUUGGGACUUGGGACGCAACAAUGCAACAUAAACCCAUACAAUACACACAUUUAUUUAUUUAUUUAUAUAGAAUGAAUCUCGUGUAAGUAUUUGAUUAUUGCAUUACCUUGGUGAUUGACGAGUUUGUUUGUUUGGUUGUUUCAAAUUACACUUUAUAAUAAGAUGUGCUUAAUUCCCAA